AUGGCAGGUACCCGAAAGAGGAAAGGUUCCAACAAAACUGUAAUUGUUUCAGAAUGUUAUGUUAGACUUGUUUCAAAACGAAAAUAUGGAUUUAAUAUUGUAUUCGAUGUUAUUAAGAAAAUUCAUUCUCUGAAAGUGGCCUUCGAUUUUAGCCUUAAAAUUGGAAAUGACUUUCAAUCCUUGAUAAGUGGUUCCGAUAUUGACAUCUGUGAAAUGCUAGGAGGAAAGCAAUCUAAUGCUGUUAGAUUUGCAUUGAACAUAAUUAGGAAAUCUUUUCCAAAAAAAUCACUUCAGCCAUGUCCAAUCUCUGGCCAUCAUGACCUCAUUAACAUUACAGCUGGUAGACUCGAUUCUAAAGCAUCGAAUUUCCCAGAAGCAACUUAUCUGACACCCAUAAGUCUUGUGAUUGUUGUGAUGGAAGUUUCUAAAGCUCUGAAAUUGUUUUUAUUUCUUGGAUCUUUCAUACUUCUUCGAAUCUCUUACGCCAAACGAAUUAGUUCAUUCACUUCAAUAGUUUGUUCAGGAUCAAAUAAAACUUUGGUGAUAUCGGAAUGUUAUGUUAAGCUAGUAUCUAAGCAUCAAUCAGGAUUCAACAUUGUUCUGGAUUUCCUCACAAAAGUCAAUAAACUUAUGAUCUAUUAUGAAUUCGGUGCUAAAUUAGGAAAGAGCUUCCGAACAAUUGCGAAAGGAGAUGACAUAGAAAUUUGUAGGUUUUAUGAUGGAAUGAACGUUGGUCUCAUGAAGUUUGCAAUGGGUAUGUUAGAAAAUUUUCCAAAAAAGGCACUGGGACCAUGUCCAAUAGAAGGUCAUCGUGAGUUCUUGAACAUCACAAUUGGUAGAACAGAUGAUAAGACAAUCGCUCCCACAGCUAAUUACAGUCUUUUCUUGCGAUUUCAUAAUGGAAAUGAUGAUAAUUUGGCUUCGAUCAAGCUUUCCAUUGAUGCUUUUAAUGUUCAAGAUUAA